AUGUCCUCUACACUACUCGAGGAGGCCACGCGCAUUGCGCGUGACUUCGACUUCCCCGCCGAGCAGGUGCAGCGCGGGGUUGCCGAAUACAUCAAGCAGUCCAACGAAGGUUUGGACAAGGAGCACACCACUCUGAGCCAGAUCCCGACCUUUGUCACUGCUGUGCCCAAUGGCACCGAAAAGGGUCUCUACUUGGCCGUCGACCUCGGCGGGACCAACUUCCGCGUGUGCUCUGUUCAACUGCACGGCGACACCACCUUCAACCUCACUCAGUCCAAGAUCAUGAUUCCCCGGGAACUCAUGGCCUCCGGUACCUCCAAGGACCUCUUCCUCUUCCUGGCCCGCCAAAUCGAGGCCUUCCUCCGCAUUCACCACAACGAACAUUUUGAGGCACACCAGCUCCGGCGGCGCGAAGGUCACCGCGACGAGUAUAUGUUUGAUUUGGGAUUCACCUUCAGCUUCCCCGUGCGCCAGAUCGGGAUCAACUCCGGCACCCUGAUCCGGUGGACCAAGGGCUUCAACAUCCCCGAUGCCGUUGGUCACGAUGUAUGCGCCCUGCUCCAGUCGGCCAUCGAUGCGUUGGAACUGCCCGUGCGCGUGGCGGCUCUGGUCAACGACACCGUUGGUACCCUGAUGGCCCGCUCCUAUACAUCCCCCGGCGAGACCGGCACUUUCCUCGGAGCCAUUUUUGGUACCGGUACCAAUGGCGCAUACGUUGAGAAGCUCGAGAAUAUCACCAAGCUCAAACACCUUGAGGGCGCCCACUACGACAAGUCCACCGGCGAAAUGAUCAUCAACGCCGAAUGGGGUAGCUUUGACAACCACAUGAGCGUACUCCCCAGCACCGUCUUCGACCAUGAGCUGGAUGCCGACAGCAACAACCCCGGUGUGCAGAUGUUCGAGAAGCGCGUCUCGGGCAUGUUCCUGGGUGAGAUUUUGCGUCGCGCUCUGCUCGCCAUGCACAACGACUCUAAGCUCGGCCUUUUCAAGACCAGCCAGACCUCCAAGGUCUCCAUUCCCUCCGAUUCCCUCUUCUACCGCCAAUGGGGCCUGGAUACCAGCUUGUUGAGCCAGGUCGAGGCCGACUCCACCAAGCAAAUGAGCGACGUCAAGGCCGCGCUGAAGGACCACCUGAAGAUUGAGCACCCUAGUGACGAGGAGUGCAAGGCUGUCAAGAUUCUGGUUCACGCCAUUGGCAAGCGUGCCGCUCGUCUGAGCGCCGUCCCAAUCGCGGCUAUCCUCAUUCACUCCCGCAAGAUCGAGACCUGCGACAUGAUCGACGUUGGUGUGGACGGCAGUCUGGUCGAAUUCUACCCUAACUUCGAGGGCUACAUGCGCGAUGCUCUGCGUGAGGUUCCCGAGGUUGGCCCGGCGGGCGAAAAGAAGGUUCGCAUCGGCAUCUCGAAGGACGGCAGCGGUGUGGGUGCCGCUUUGAUCGCUUUGGUCGCCAGCAAGGACAAGACUCUGCAGAACCCCACCGAGAAAUGA